AUGGUCCAUGACGCUAAUAACCCUCGCAACCGACAGCGAACAAGAUCGACAGCCCAUGAGAACAGCCAACGAUUCCGACAACUCAAACGACCAACAGCCUGCGUGGCCGACAACCCAAACGACCAACAGCCUGCGAGGCCGACAACCCAAGCGACCAACAUCCUACGAGGCCGACAACCCAAACGACCGACAGCCUAUGAGACCGACAACCCAAACGACCAACAGCCUGCGAGGCCGACAACCCAAGCGGCCAACAUCCUACGAGGCCGACAACCCAAACGACCUACAGCCUAUGAGACCGACAACCGUAAACGACCAACAGCCUGCGUGGCCGACAACCCAAACGACCAACAGCCUGCGAGGCCGACAACCCAAACGACCGACAGCCUACGAGGCCGACAACCUAAACGACCGACAGCCUACGAGGCCGACAACCCAAAUUACCGACAGCCUACGAGGCCGAUAACCCAAACGACCAACAGCCUACGAGGCCGACAACCCAUAUGA